UGGUACAAUCUGUGAUAAUCUUAGCUGUUGCUUCAUGACAAAUGUUGAAAAUUAAAUUGACAAACAAAUGAUAAACAAGUUUUCAUUCUAAAUUAGCUUUUGAUUUCAAGUUCUAAUUUCGUCUAUAGCACUGUGAAAUCAAUAUCAUGUCCGAGACAACAGAAAAAAUUGAAAGUAAUGGUGAUGCUCGGAGAAGAAUACUUAACAUAGCAGUAUCAACUGUCCUUUUAGAAAGUGGAUUCGAAACAGUAGACAAAAUUAGCCUAGAGACGUUGACGGAGAUGUUACAAUGCUUUUUUACAGAAGUUGGUAACUCAGCAAAUCGCUACUGUGAAUUAUCUGGUAGAGUAGAACCUGUAUUGGCUGAUGUUAUGUUGGCGCUUAUCAAUAUGGGAAUAAGUCUUCAAGGCUUAGAGCAAUAUGCAGCUAGGCCAAAUAGACAUGUAAUUCAGCCACCACAACAAGCACCUGUGCCUAGAACACCAGCUAUGUUGUCAGCUGGUUCAAAAGCUAAGCCAUCUCCACACAUACCAUUCCACUUACCAGCAUUUCCUGAUCCGCAUGCAUACAUAAGAACACCUACACAUAAGCAACCUGUUACUGAGUAUGAAGCAAUAAGAGAAAAAGCUGCAAAUCAGAAACGGGAUAUUGAGAAGGCAUUGACAAAAUUUCUUGCAAAAACAAGUGAAACACACAAUCUCUUUAAUACGGAAGACAACCAAGUUUUUCCAUUGAUUGCGUGUAAGCCAACCUUUCCAGCAUAUUUGCCAUGCUUACUACCUACUGACCAAGUCUUUGACUUUGAUGAAUUAGAAUAUCACUUUCAAGUUGCUAAUAGAACAGAAGAUAUUCCAGCUGAGAAAAAAGACCAAUCAGACAAUGAAGGAGAGAAUGGUGGGGAUGGUGAAAAUGCUAAUAAUUCUCAAUCAGAAAAUCCUGAUUCUACAUUACCAUCUAGUCCAGAUAGAAUUAAAUCUGGGGGAUAAAAUAAUUACUUAAGUUAACUUUUUAUUACAACUAUGUAUCAAUUAAUAAAAUGUUGUCCAUAAAU